UAAAAUAAAUGAACCUCAAAAUCACAUGGCAGCUUGGUGCGGUUAUUAUCGGGCUUAGUUCAUGCUCGAGAGAGCUGGUACGAAUGGACGCAAUUGAAGCCGCUUCUCCUCUGCCACAAUCCCCUUCCCAUUUCAGUCAACAACGCCACUUCUAUGUCGCCGUUGACAGACUGCAGUUCAAAAUGGAGACAUUGGUGGACUUGUUGGGCGUAGCGGGACGCCGCUCUGGGCUGCCGAUGGUGUUAUGCUGCAGCUCUCGGGACGAGCUCGACGCUGUCUGCUCAGCCGUCUCUAGCCUCCCUUACAUUUCUCUCGCUUCUCUGUACAGUGAUCUAGCUGAAUCAGAACGUACCUUAGUUUUGGACAAAUUUAGACAAGCAAUGUUGAGAUGGAACCAGAAUCUCGCUCCUCAGUCAGCAGAUGGUAGUGAAAUUGGAAAAGAUGAGGAAAAAUCUCACAUGAUAGUCGUAACGGAUACAUGCCUUCCACUUCUUGCUUGUGGGGAGUCACCAAUUUCAGCUCGUAUUCUGAUUAAUUACGAGUUACCAAUGAAGAAGGAAACAUAUGCGAGACGCAUGGCUAGUUGUUUGGCAGCAGAUGGGAUUGUAGUCAAUAUGGUUGUUGGGGGAGAAGUGGUGACUCUUAAAAGUGUCGAAGAGAGCAGCGGCCUUGUCAUAGCUGAAAUGCCUAUUAACAUUUCUGAGAUCUUGUGAAGAUGAUUUAUUAUCUGCAAUGUCCACAAAAAGCAAAAUGACACUUGACUUCUUGUAAUCUUUCCAACUCUUGAAGUCCUCAUGUAUGAUUCGGAUAAUCUGUGAGUAGUUGCAACAAUAUUGACAUUUUUAUCCACCUUAGUUUGCAUGUUCCAUAUAAACUGUAUGAUCUGUACGGUAAUUGAAGAGGGUGAAAAUGAAAAUUUGGUUGUUAGCAACAACUUAGUUACCAUAUCAGCUUUGAGUUUAGUUACAAAAUAGGUUUUGUCUGAUUUAAGAAGAUUCCUUUAUAGGUGGUGCUAAUUAGGAGACUACUUCAUUUCUUGCAGGUCAAAUGCAAUGGAGUUAUCCUUUGCUUGAUCUUUUUUUCUUUUUCCCAUAAAGAAAUUCAACCAUAGAACAAGUUUAUUAGAACAAAAGUGUAAGAUAAUAAUAGUCAAAGUAACAAGUUUACUGCCCUUGGCUCCAUUAUCAAUUUGGAAACUACUUCCUUGGAUAACUAGUAGGUAACCCAUAUAUGAUUUCAAGGAUUAUUCAAUAGUUAAAACCCUUUUGAAGGAGGCUUUUAACUA